AUGUCGGACGGGGAGGUCGUCUUCGAGGACGCCACGGGGGCGUCCUCUGAGAAAACACCGUUAAAAGGGGAUAUGCUCGACGCACCGCCUCGGAAAGUCACUCGGUCGCGCGCAGAAUGGCUGAGAUGCGUCACGGUGGCGUGCGUCCUGCUCCUCAUCGCGCCACUCUACCUCUGGACGAACUUUCACGCGAUGCGCGCGGCAAGGGAGGACCCGAUUUCCGUGGUCACAUCCCUCAGCGACAACUUUGACAUCCACGAGCUCAUCCGCGAGUUGAACGACAAUGGUGAGAAGAUCUACAUCUCAAGCCUCAUCUCUAAGGAGGCCGACGGUUGCGCACGGGAUGUGCCCGGGCUGCCUAAGGGAAAACAGACCGUGGUUACGUUCAAGACCCUGGAGAAUACAGAGCGCGAGGCUGUGGUCUACGUGCCGACGAGCUACCCCACGGCCCCGAAGCCGGGUGCCCUGCUGCUGCUCUUCCAUGGUCUGAAUGAUAACUGCAAGCGCUUCCUGGACGGUACCGGCUUUGUGCCGUAUGCAGAGCUCGACGGUUUCGUGCUUGUGAGUGUCUGCGGGUCUCUGGGGUACCUCGGCACAGGGUGGAACGCGGGCAUGUGCUGCGGCUUCCUUGGAGAAAAACCCAACGACGUGGCGUUCGCAAAGCAGCUGGUGACAGAACUGUCGCAGAGCGUUUGCAUUGAUAAAACCCGCGUAAUGGCCGCCGGAUUCAGCAACGGUGCCAUGCUUGCGGAGGUGCUGGCGUGCGACGCGCCCGAAAUAUUCCGCGCUGUCGCCUCCGUCAGCGGUGUUGUUGAGAUUCGCCCUGGAAAUGAUGCCGCGCUUGCCGCCUGCACUGCUGCCGUCGAAAAAGCCUCGUCGACCGCGCGCACGAGCGUGCUGAUGGUGCACGGUACCGCGGAUCUCUUGGUGCCGUGGGACGGUAACAAGCUCCUUGGAUUUCCAUCAAUGGUGAAGAACCUCGAGGGGUGGAGAGAGCGAAACGGGUGUACGGACGAGACGAGCACCACCAUCUCUACCGAUACCUACGUGAACACCAUCUACACCAAUUGCAGCGUGCGGAAGCCUGCGGGGUUACUUCCGACGUUCGAUGGGGAGCCCGAGGAGCUGCAGACCGGUUUGGAGGAUAAUCCCUAUUGGGGCAUGGAUGCGGUGGCGAAUAAGACAGGGGAUGCAUUGUCUACGGUAGAGGAUACAGCUCUGGCUGACGGAGAACGCUGUAUCUCACGCAUGGAGGCUGAGUAUCUCAGUGUCAGGCAGGAGAGCAGGAGGCACGUGACCCGACUUACGCACGAGCGGUGGUCUCGCGAUCAACGUUGUCAGAAGCGGGACCGCACGAAGGCCAAGAACGCGAAGGCGCACGAGAAGCACGAUGAUAAGGAGGUCUACCAUAGAAAAGUCAGUAGCCGGAACCACCACGAAAGCAUGGAUUUCCAUCUGCGUCCGCACCUGUAUCUGAAGGAAAAACUGUCACAGCAGGACGUGCCGAGGCAGGUUGCUGUGAACCACCGUCGACCACACCAUCUUCCCUUUGGCUCUGUUCCCAAGGAGAGGUGUGAGGUGCGGGUGCAGCGCGACGGCCCCCCACAUCUGCAGAACGGUACAAGUCAGGUGGAACUUGUCCGCGUGAAGGGCGGCGGUCAUCACUGGCCGCGCGACGUUGAUUUCUCGACGACGGACUACAUCUAUUGCUUCGGAAUUCGUGUCUUUGGCCGCUACAACUGA